UUGUUGUUCCUCUCAUUUUGGUGCAGCGAUGAUGGUGUCUCUCUGCCUCUAACGCAUUGACAACAUGGACUCCACACACAGCCUCUACUUUCUCUCUCUACUUUCUCUCUCUAGACCACCCUACGAUUCUGGACCCCUCCUUCACCUUCCUUAUUUCUUUGCGUUCCUUCAUCUUCCUUUCCAUUUUCAACCUUCUCCUCCUCUUUCUCACUACCAUCUUCAUCUGUAUGUCACUCAGAAUCUGUCUUGGAGUGGAGCUUGAUUUGAUCAUUGAUAUCAAGGGAUAAGACAUCACUAUCCACACUCAAUAAUAGGGAUUUGCAAAUGCUAAAUUUUGUCAGGUCCAGAAGUCAAGCAAGGGCAACUAGACCUACAACAAUGGGAAGCAUGGAUUAUGUGGAUCAAAAAAGGAAGGGCAACUUUGUUGGAAAAGUUUUUCUUGCUGCAGCAUUAACGACUCUAUGCAUAAUCAUGAUCAGGAGAUCUCCAUCUCUGAAUUCCCCCAGUCCGUUUUCCGUCCAUGAACCCGGGGUCACUCAUGUUUUAGUAACAGGGGGUGCAGGCUUUAUUGGCUCACACGCAGCUCUACGACUUCUCAAGGAUAACUAUCGUGUUACCAUAGUAGACAAUCUUUCACGAGGAAAUUUGGGUGCAGUCAGGGUUCUCCAAAACUUAUUUCCAGAACCUGGAAGGCUUCAAUUCAUAUACGCUGACUUGGGAGAUGCAAAAUCUGUUAAUAAAAUAUUUUUGGAGAACAAAUUUGAUGCUGUGAUGCACUUUGCUGCUGUUGCAUAUGUGGGAGAAAGCACUGUGGAUCCUCUGAAGUAUUAUCACAAUAUUACAUCAAAUACCUUGUUGGUAUUGGAGUCAAUGGCCAAACAUGAUGUGAAGACAUUGAUCUAUUCAAGUACAUGUGCAACAUAUGGGGAACCUGAGAAGAUGCCUAUUACAGAAGAAACACCGCAGUCCCCCAUCAAUCCAUAUGGGAAAGCCAAGAAAAUGGCUGAAGAUAUCAUCCUUGAUUUUUCUAAAAAUUCAGACAUGGCAGUAAUGAUUCUAAGAUACUUUAAUGUGAUUGGAUCAGAUCCUGAGGGAAGAUUGGGUGAGGCUCCUAGACCUGAACUGCGAGAGCAAGGUCGGAUAUCAGGUGCCUGCUUUGAUGCGGCUCGUGGCAUUAUACCAGGCUUAAAGGUUAGAGGAACAGACUAUAAGACAAGUGAUGGAACUUGCAUACGAGAUUACAUUGAUGUGACUGACCUUGUUGAUGCUCAUGUGAAAGCUCUUGAAAAGGCACAACCUAGUAAAGUUGGGAUCUACAAUGUUGGCACUGGAAAGGGUAGUUCAGUGAAGGAGUUUGUGGAAGCUUGCAAGAAGGCUACAGGGGUGGACAUUAAAGUGGAAUUCCUUCCUCGCCGUCCCGGUGAUUACGCUGAGGUGUAUAGUGACCCGGAAAAGAUCAAACGCGAACUGAAUUGGACUGCAAAGCACAUUGUUCUUCAAGAGAGUUUAGGGAUUGCAUGGAGAUGGCAGAAAUCACACCGUGAUGGUUAUGGGGUUUCAAAUGCAGUAGUUUGAAUGAUUUAGAGUUCUAACAUAGCAGAGGACUAGAAGAAAUCCCAGCAGUAUCCAUGUUAGCUGCACUUAGUUGCUGCUAUCUUAGCAGAGGGGCUAGAAUUUUUUUUCUUCUUCAUUCACUACCUAGUGAUUUGGUAUUGGUUAAUUUUGCCAUUAGGGAGUUGGUAGUCCAUUCGUUACAUGUAUUGACCACAUAAUAUAAUUCAAUAAUAUGAUGCCGGGCUUGGUAAUUGGUAUA